AAGGUGGUGAUUGACUAGUAACAUUUCGGUGUAAUGUAUCGUUCGCGGCGAUCGUGUUACAUUACAGUUACAUUACAGCUACGCGGCGAACGCUCGCCCUGAGCGCUCUGUUCGUUUGUGCUCCAUUCUGUUUCAAAAUGUCGGAUAUGGAGGUCGCGUGUGCUUCACUUAUUGUACUAAGUUAUUGCUAUCUAAAAUACAAGAAGAAAAAAACGAAACGAUAUUGGAUAUCUAAUUUGUACCAAAGAAGGAACUAUGAUACGAAUAUAAUGAAUAUUCUUCGAAACCAAGAGUUUACUGGACAAUACAGAAACUUUAUUAGAAUGUCGUCUACCGAUUUCGACCGACUCAUUAAUUUAAUUGGACCGUUAGUGGGCAAGCAAGAUACAAGAUUGAGAAAAGCUAUAUCUGUUACAGAUAGGCUAGCAGUUACACUACGUUUUUACGCUUCUGGAGAUUCUUUUACAAGCUUGCAAUAUCUUUUUAAAAUUUCUAGACAGAGAAUAGGCUUCAUAGUAAAGGAAGUCAGUGAAGCAAUAGUGAAAGUAUUGAAGAAUUGUAUAAAGAUGCCAACAACACCUGAGGAAUGGCAAGGUUUAGUACAACAAUAUGACACAUUAUGGAAUUUCCCCCAUUGCCUGGGCUCUAUGGAUGGCAAACAUACUUAGCAGAGCGAGAAGAGUAGUGGAAAACGUAUUUGGUAUAGUUUCAGCAGUUUUUCGAGUGUUAAGAAAGCCUAUGUUAUUAGAACCAAACCACGCCUCUUCAGUAGUAAUGGCAAUAACGCAUCUUCAUAACUAUCUCAGAAAAAGUGAUGAAUCCAGUGACAUUUACACACCUUCAGGGACAUUUGAUCAUGAAAUAGAAGGAGUUGUUAGACCAGGAAAUUGGAGAAACGACAGCGAACUUACAAGCCUUUUCGCUUUGGAGAGGCGACCGCGUAGAACAAGUACAACAGCGAAACAAAUACGCCACGAAAUUGCAGAAUACUGUUCACGG